CCUCCUCUCUCGGCCCAGGACUGUUGCUCCUGCAGCAGAGAUGGGACAGUGAUCCAGACUGGAAGAUCUCAAGUCUGGAAUGCUGCCGUGCCACAGCUGCCUGGGUCCAACUGCUGCAAGGCUACUGCAGAGACAUAUCUUCCCGAAGCUGGAAUAAUGUUCCAGUGUUGUGACAGGCAGGCCAUGCUGGUGCUGGAGAUGGGUAUUCUGGUGACUGUGCUGCUGGCAGGGAGUGCAGGACAGAACUCUGACAGACGGGAGGCUGGAUCCUCCUGCUAUGGAGGAUUUGAUCUCUACUUUGUUUUGGACAAGUCCGGAAGUGUGCUGCACCACUGGAAUGAAAUCUAUUACUUUGUUGAUCAUCUUGCUCAUAAAUUCAUCAGUCCUCAGCUCCGAAUGUCGUUUAUUGUGUUUUCUAAAGAAGGUCGGAUCCUGAUGAAACUGACAGAAGACAGGGAACUCAUUCGGGCUGGACUUGAGGAGUUAAGGAUGGUGCAACCUGGGGGAGACACCUUCAUGCAUAAAGGCUUUGAGAAGGCCAGUGAACAGAUCUACUAUGCAACAGGCUAUGGUUACCGAACGGCCAGCGUCAUCAUCGCCUUGACCGAUGGAGAGCUGAGGGAGACUCAGUUUGACCUGGCUGAGAGAGAGGCGAGUCGUUCUCGGCAGUUGGGGGCUUCAGUGUACUGUGUGGGAGUGAAGGACUUUAAUGAAACUCAGCUUUGGACAAUAGCUGACAGUAAGGACCAUGUGUUCCCUGUGAACAAUGGCUUUGAAGCCCUACAAGGGGUUAUUGACUCGAUCUUGAAGAGAUCAUGUAUAGAGAUCCUGGCCGUAGAACCCUCCAGUAUAUGUGAGGGAGAAUCUUUUCAGGUCGUAGUCAAUGGAAACGGUUUCCUGCAUGCCCGCAGUGUGGAGAAGGUCCUCUGUAGCUUUGUCAUCAACGACACCCUCACCUUGAUGAAGAGGCCCCUGGUGGUGAGGGAUACUUAUCUGUUGUGUCCAGCUCCUGUGUUGGAAAAGGAGAGAACGACGGCCACCCUCCAUGUCAGCAUGAACAAUGGCCUGAGCUUCAUCUCCAGCUCUGUAACCAUCACUGCAGUUAGCUGUUCUGACGGGACAUACUUGGCCAUCGCUCUGCUCAUCCUUCUUCUCCUGUUGACGGCAGCCAUGCUGUGGUGGUUCUGGCCGCUAUGCUGCACAGUGAUCAUUCACGAACCUCCUCCUCCAGAGAUGGAGGACAGCUCUGAUGACGAGGAUGGCUUCCCAAAGAAGAGGUGGCCCACUGUGGAUGCGUCCUACUAUGGAGGACGAGGAGUGGGCGGCAUCAAAAGGAUGGAGGUCCGCUGGGGAGAUAAAGGCUCUACGGAGGAAGGUGCCAAGCUGGAGAAAGCUAAGAAUGCCCGCGUGAAGAUGCCCGAGGAGGAGUUUGAGUUUCCUCCAAGUCGUACCCUUAACAAUGGCAUGCACAAGCCCAUCAGAGCCCAGAAGUGGUACUCACCCAUCAAGGGCAAACUGGAUGCUCUCUUGGUUUUCAUGAGAAAGGGCUACGACAGAGUGUCAUUGAUGAGACCCCAUCCUGGAGACAAGGGAAGAUGCAUCAACUUCACGCGGGUGAAAUCGUACCCUGCUCCGCGCUACCCCAUCUACAAUCACCCCUCCACCCCCAUCUACAGCCUCCCUCACAGCUAUCAUCACCCUCCUUCACAAGACACCCUCUCACACAGGCCCUCCUCCCCCACCUCCACCCUACCGCCCCUGCCCUCUACUCCGCCCCCGUCCUCCAUCACCCCUCCCCCAUACACCCCGGCUCCUACCAGAGCUCUACCCCCGACUUCUCUUAGCCCUCCGCCGUCUCCACCCACCCCGCCGGCCCUUUGCUCCCCGACACCGCCUUCCCUUCCCGUUGUUUUGCCUCCCGAGCCACAGACACCCCCCCCGCAAAGAGCCCCCCCCCCCUCCCGUCCUCCCCCGCGCCCCUCUCAUUAGGCUCCUGCUGUGGCCGACGUGUUAAAGAGAAAAGGAAGGAGUCCAGUCAUGUUCCAAAGAACUGCUCAGCAUUGGAUCCGUGGAAGGGCCAAUCAGAAUAUCCCAAAUGCUCUGUCACCUGCUCACCAAAGCAAACUAUACAUCUUGCCAAGAUCCAGCUCUCACAAGAACACGAGAAGGUUGUUUUGAAAUAUUUUUACAGAAUUAUUCAACACUUUUUUAUUUCUUGCGUGUAUUACAAAGACGUUGCUUACUAUGCUGAAACCACGCACUGCUUUUUUCCUAAAUACACAUUCUCGUAAUUUCUUCAUGCUGAGUCGGAUAUGUAUCACUGAGACAUUGAUGUCUGUCAUAAUAAUGAAUUAAAACAUGCAUACUAAGGAAUGGAAAUAUGAAGGUCUUGUCACAGUGUCGAACCUCUGCCUAGAAAAAGAGAGGGAUUGAAAAAGACUUAUGAGAAGAGGUCUUACCAAGGAAAAGGAAGAGAUGGCAGCAAAUUCAAGUGUCCUUGUGUUUCAGCCAGCAGUUUCAUCUAUAGAUUCAGGUAGUCUUUAGUACUCAGCCACAACUAGUUGCAAACUGUAAAACGGGAAUAAUUUAAUCAUGGAUAAUAUAUUGGGUAUUUCAUAAGUUGUUUGUGCCCUCAUGGUUUCAAUUUUUCAUUGGGGGAUUUCGUUUAGGUGCAGUUAUGUGAAGCUCUCUGGAGCAUUGCUUAAAAAGGGCAAUCCAAAUGAAAUGUGAUUGAAGAUGGCAGUGGAAAGGAAGCCAGAAAUAGAGAGGACGGUGCAGACCAGCAGAUAAGACGAAAAGUGCCCAAAUAUUUAAUCACACAUGGCCAAUGUUUGCUGUUGCGUUGAAAUUUCCACUUCCAGCAUACUCUGGGGUAUAUUCUGGAAAGCAGCAAAUUACUUUCUUUGUGUAUCAGCAAUGACAACCAGGAUGGUCGGUUUUGAAUGAUAAAAUAUUUUUAUUACCGGUAAGUAAGAAAAAAUAAACAUUAUGAUAUGUCAAGGCAAGGCAAAAUGUCUUGGUGCCUUGGCUCAUGGUAAACACAGUGGCCCAUCGUACGUUUGAAUCCAAAUUUCAGUUAGCCACAUGGAAAUAUCAGCACUGCAUAAAAGGUAUUACGACUACCUAGCCACAAACAGGAUACUAACCAUACUGCACAUUGAGCAAACAAGAUAAAAGUACCAUGAACAGACUGCAUUUUCUAUUAAUUCAAGCAAUCUUCUUCUUGUAGCAAGACUAGGACCUUCAAACCUUGAAACUCGCAUGAAGAGAUCGCCUACUACUGGUUUAAUAGCGUUGUUACAUAAUAUAAAGAGAGGCAGACAGACUCCUAAUCCUGUGGGAAGUGAGCUCAUGGAGGCAUGCCUGUGGCUACAGAGGCAGCCAGGGAUGGUGGGGGCCUUGAGGCACGACUCCUGAAAGCAAUAAAAGCAAAUGCUAACGCUAAUGCCACGCAGAGCUGCUAGAUAAACGGUAGGCAGGAGGCGGCUCCACUGCGCUGGGCCCAGCAGGCUGGGGAAGCAGGGACUCAGGGAGGCCUGAAGGAGCUUGGAUGACUGGCAGCACGGUGAUCUUUAAAGGACUCUUUCCACAGUCGUUUGCAUGGAUGUGGAUGCUUUUGAACACUGGUGACAUCAGUUUUUGUGUCAAAUAAAUGAAAAAAUAUAAAAAACGACUUUGACUAAUAGUACAUUACUAAUAUUAUAAUGCAUAAUGCCAUUUAUGGAUUCCUACAUUAAAUACAUUUGAUUUAAAAAAAAAAAAA